GAGGCGGGCCUAGUGUCGGCGCCUGAGCCAGGGCGAGGGCUGCGGGACCUGCGGGACCUGCGGGGCGGCAGUCAUGCUGCUCUUCUGCCCCGGCUGCGGGAAUGGGCUCAUCGUGGAGGAGGGACAGCGCUGCCACCGUUUCGCCUGCAACACCUGCCCCUACGUGCACAACAUCACCCGCAAGGUGACGAAUCGGAAGUAUCCGAAGCUGAAAGAAGUGGAUGAUGUGCUGGGUGGGGCGGCCGCCUGGGAGAACGUGGACUCCACUGCAGAGCCGUGUCCCAAAUGUGAGCAUCCGCGGGCCUACUUCAUGCAGCUUCAGACCCGCUCUGCAGACGAGCCCAUGACCACCUUCUACAAGUGCUGCAAUGCGCAGUGUGGACACCGCUGGAGGGACUAGGGCCCGGCUGGCCCGGCUGCGUGCUGUCUGUUUGCCUAUUCCUCAGAGCGGGUUUCCAGCUGGGAGCGAGCACUUGUGUCCUGAGGGCCUUUGCUGGUGUGGCGGAAAUGGGUAGCCCAUCUGCUAUUGUUGGCCUGGGUGUCCGGAAAUGGGUAGCCCAUCUGCCAGUCGGUGGAUGAACUCAUUAAUGUCCAGGGAGAUUUUGCGUGUGGGGAAGAUUAUCCACAACUAAUUAUACUCUGUUUAAAGUCCUGUUCAUUCAUCUUUCACAUUUAUUGGGCAAUUGACAUUCUUUUACCAUCAACCAACACUCUUAAAUAUUUAUAUUGUUUGCAUAACUAAUAAAGUAAAACUUAUUUGGUACAUUAGUUGUUCCUAAAUAUUUAACUGUUAAGUGCAAACUUAAUUUAAUCAAAAUUUAUUCUGGAUAUUUAAUGAAAAUGAAAAGUUUAAUAUUG